UCUGUGUUUAAACUAGAUUACGAUAGUUACGCGUUUGCACACGAGGUGACCAUUGCUGCGUUGCAGGAAAGCAUCGCUGCGCUAACGAAAGGAAGAAAAAUCACUCGAUGAUCUUGAAGUCUUCAUCUUCAACAUCAAACCUUAUCUAUUCUGGGCUGCUUUUCUUCCGUUAAUUUCUCUCUCCUGGCGAUAGACCUUUUUUUUUCUUCUUUGUGUUUUUCCUAAUUCAAUUUGUCAGUCAUUCGAGCUCUUGAAAGCUUAUCUAGAAUUUGUGUCAAUAAGUGCCUUCAGUGCGAAGGAUACUCUUCACUUGGAAUAAAGCCGAGCGACCAGCUGGGAGAGGAAAGUCUAUACGUUCUGAGUGAUUGCGAAGAGCAAAGGUGCUGAGGUCGUUAUAGUGCACAGGAGAGUUACUUUGAGCCAUGCUACUAUUCCAAAUCACCGUUUCAUUUUUUAUCGCUGAAUUGAGCUGUCUCCGCCAUCCCAUCGUUUAUGGAAAGGAGAAUUUGAAGACUUCGUUGGAAAAAGCUGACCCGCCAAAGCACAGAGAGAAACGAUGGCUAUGGGGCGGGUGUGGUUUCAUUCCUGGAUGUGAACAGUGUAACGAUGGACUUAUUUGCAAGAAAUGCAGACCAGUUUUCACCCCUGUGGAGUACGAAAGGAACAAAAAGAAGAUCAUUAGGUGCAGUCGCUCCUGUCCUCCAGGGUACAAUCUCACAUCUACAAGGGAAUAUCCCAAGAUAUGUAUUAGAACACAAUUUGGUUGUUCUGCACGACACUGUGAAGACUGUCAAUCUCACAACCCAGUUAGCUGCGCGAACUGCAGUCAGGGAUACUAUUCACUACAAAAAAGGGUUAUGGGAAACGUGAAAUGCGUAAAAAAGUGUCCAAAUGGUUUCACCCCUAACGUGAACACUGAUGGGAAGAUGAUUUGCAAAGAUUCGCAGUCAAAAUGCCAAUCGUUUGUGCCUAACUGUGCUUCGUGCUUAGAUAGCGUACGCUGUCGAAAGUGCAAGAGUGAUCUGCAUGUCUUCUUUAACAAAAGCGGCAUGGCUUGUGUUCAGAACUGUCCGAAGGGCUUCGUCCCCGCCGACUCCAACUAUUUCGGAAAGUACUGUAAAAGGCCACUUGUCGAGUGCCGACUAGUUUCAAACUGUGAGAGAUGCCCUGACAAGAUCAAUUGCCGCAGAUGUGAGCCAAGGUUUUACAAGCUCAAAACAAAUCCGUUGUCCCGCGCAAAGUGUGUUUCCUCGUGCCCACCAGGGUUUAAUAGGAGAGGAAGGAGAUGCCAACGGAUUAAGGAAGACGGAUGCUCUGACGAGUAUUGUUUGGCAUGCAAGGAAGGCUGGUAUCGCGUCAAUUACAACAAAAGACAUUGCCAGCGCAAGUGUCCCAAAGGCUUUUACACUCUGGGAAAAAAACAGAAAUUCUGUCUCCGAUGCUUAGCCCGAUGUGAAGAAUGUACGAACGGUUUUGACUGCAGCAAGUGUGAUCCGGGAACUUUUAAACUUGUCCAGGGUUUGCACACGUCUUGUAUGACAAGCUGCCCCUUUGGCUACACGAGCCAUGGUAACAACAAAACCGGAAGAGUCUGUACACUUAAAAGGAUCACACGACCAAGCUGACGCUGUUGUGAUGACAUCAGACCAGGGCGGGCCCAGCCUCUCUCCGCCAUGCAUCAGACCUAUAUAUAAACGUGGAAGAAAAAAAAAAGGGAACAUGCAUGUCCAGUUAGAUAGCUGCUAAAAAUGGGAGUUUGGCUUGUUGUUUGUUUGUUUGUUUGUUUGUGUUUUGCAACUAGUUUAAAGCAGAUGUUCUAGAGUACAUGCAUGUGAAACGUUUAUUUGGGAAUUUGUUCAGAGCUUUUUUCAGCGCCAUUCGAGAGAUAAACAGUGAUGAGAAUACCUCGGGAUAUUUGAGUUGUACAAGCCCACUAACUAGCUUCUAAUUCGCUGAAGGUCCAGUCAGGUCAGCUUAGUAUCCCCAUUUUAGACAGAUAAACCAUAUUCAUUUUGGAAAGAAUUCCCAAAUGAUGAUUUAGCAAGUUUAUAGUAAGUAGUAAACCAUUUAAAGUUGUGAGACUAACUUAAACUCUUUCUCACCCAACUCUCUCCUUCCCUUCCAAUUAGGCCAUCAUAAGAGACGCUAAACUAUUCUUCCACAGCACAGACUUGCUAUUUCUAACUAACUAACUAAUUAUUGUAGGGCAAGGAAACAGGUCGUUUAAAAAAUGAUGGAAAGCGUUGAACAGACAAUUAUUGGUUUAAGUGUAUUCUUCGUAAAUUAGACGUAUUAAGCCGA